AUGCCAGCAAAGCCAUUCCUCCACCCCCUCAAAACACCCAAAACAGCAACCUUCCCCUCCGAACUCCACGACGACUUUACCACCGCCAAAACACCCUCUAUAACCCCAGACACCCUCAAACAUGAACCUGGCACUGCAACGCCGAUUACCCCUCCAACUGCCUACACUGAGUUUCUUAAGGCUAUGACGCCCGUGUUCACGAGUCCCGUCAGCGCGGGGACUAGUUUUUCUCGGUUCCAGUUCGAUAAACCAUCGGGGCCUGCGGGACAGAGUCAGGGUCCUACUUCUGCGCCGACGCCCACGUCCACGACGGCUUCGCAGCCGGCGAGUGCAGUUAGUGGGACGUUUGGAUUCCAUGAGCGUGAACCGCCUGUCAAAUCUGCUACGCUGCCACCACCACCUGCCACAGCCACAGGCACGGGUCCGACAUCCUCAGGACCAGGCGCAAUAAGAAAGCACCAAAGUCUCCGACGCCUACGCAUUCCACCAUCCAUGCAUCUUUCUCCCAUCACGACCUCGGCGACGGAUGCCCCGCGGAGUGCGACAACCUUACGCUCUCCGUUCUCGCCAUCGGACUGGAAACUACGAUACAUGGAGCCGCGGAGUGCGACGACUGCUACUCACGGCGGGGGUGGACGAUCGGUCAGUGUGCGGCAGGUUGUUACACGGACGGUGACGUAUAAGAGGAUGCAGUUGGAGGCGCCGCCGAAGGGGAAGGGGAAGAGGAGGAGGUAUCAUGAGGGGAAGGAUGUUUAG